UCGGAAUUCACCAACUUCAUUCCUCAAUUGAGCACCCAUACAACGUUAAUUGAGCCAUGGCCUCGAGAUUGUUUCUGCGGCAGCGUUUUACGCCCGCAGCUACCGGCGCUGUGGUGGUCGGCAUGGCUCUUUUCCCAAAGACUGUUCUUCAUGCAGAGUCUGUUGAAGGGCCAAACUCAAGAAAGCCCAUCUACGAUGAGUUCGAGACCACACCCGCCCCUCCAGCGAAGACCACUCCUGCAGCCCCUCCGACCGGCAUAUCAGAACCUCCUACUAAAAUUAGAUCCCCUACACCGACGGACCGUCUAGCAGUUCAGAUUGGAAAGACGAGAGUAUUCCUGCACAGUCACGUUGCGGCGGCAGAGAACAAGGUUAACGAAUUUAUGGAUUCUGUUCUCCACCUCGAAGAGAGCUUCACAAGCACAAUCGCCUCCUUAGCACCACCACCUCAAUCUGGGGAGAAGCUCAUGCCUGGGUCAUUAUAUGUUCUUGUGGCAGCUAUGACGGGCAGCAUUGUCUCGAGAAACCGGAAUAUCUUCCUGCGGGCAACAGUCCCUUUGGCUGUUGGUAUUGGCGCUGGCUGGGUUGUAUUGCCCGUCACUAUGAGGAAUGUCUCGGAUUUGUUAUGGAAAUACGAGCAGAGAUUCCCUGCUAUCGCUGAUGGUCAUAUUAGAACAAGGGAAGGUAUUGAGAAGACCUGGAGAAUGGCACGGAUCCAUACUCAGCAAGCAGUCAAUAUUGUGGAUGACAGGGUCAGCUCAGGAAGAGAGGCAGUGGAAGGAUGGGUUAAGAAGGGGAAAUGAGGUGGCAUUCAAGACACAGACAUGUUCUCUGUACAAACAAUAGACC